AUGUCACCUAGUCAGAAGUUUCCAGAAACAGACCCAGUGGAUACAUCAUUGAAUGCACCAGAGCCAGAACACUGCCCAGGUCCUAAAUCAGAUUUAGCAGGAAAAGAUGAUGCAUGUAAAGGUUGUGCAAAUCAAGAAAUUUGUUCAUCUCAAUUACCAAAAGGUCCAGAUCCUGAUUUACCAUUAAUAUAUAAAAGAUUAUCAAAUAUACAACAUAAAAUACUAAUACUAUCGGGAAAAGGAGGAGUUGGAAAAUCAACAUUUACAUCGAUGUUAGCAUGGGCCAUUGCAGCAGAUGAAGAUUUAGAAGUAGGAGCAAUGGAUUUAGAUAUAUGUGGACCAUCAUUACCAAGAAUGUUAGGAGCUGGGGAGAAUGAAAAUAUUCAUCAAUCUAACAGUGGGUGGAGUCCAGUUUAUGUUGCUGAUAAUCUAGGAUUAAUGAGUAUAUCUUUUAUGUUACCAGAUACUGAUCUGGCUAUAAUAUGGAGAGGUGGUAAGAAGAAUGGAUUAAUAAAACAAUUUUUAAAAGAUGUGGAUUGGGGUGAUAGAUUAGAUUAUUUACUAGUUGAUACUCCUCCAGGAACAAGUGAUGAACAUUUAUCUGUUACAUCAUUAAUGAAAGAAGUUGGAAUUGAUGGUGCAUUAAUAGUAACAACUCCACAAGAAGUUGCUUUGUUAGAUGUAAGAAAAGAAAUUGAUUUUUGUAAAAAAGCUAAAAUAAAAAUUUUGGGAUUAGUUGAAAAUAUGAGUGGAUUUGUAUGUCCAAAUUGUCAUGGAGAAAGUCAAAUUUUCAAAGCUACAACAGGAGGUGGUGAACAAUUAUGUAAAGAAUUGGGUAUAAAAUUCUUAGGUUCAGUACCAUUAGAUCCAAGGAUUGGUAAAGCGUGUGAUAAUGGUGAAUCAUUUUUUGAUUCAAAUCCUGAUUCUCCUGCUGCUACUGCUAUAUUGGAUGUAGUUGAUGGAUUAAGAGAUCAAGUUGAAUUAAAUAUGAAUGGGUUAAAUUUGAAAUAG